AUGACAACAAUUCAGGCAUUCCAUAUUUUUGUUUUUAAAUCCAUGGCAGUGGUUUGUGAUGGUGCCAGCACAAAUUUAAAGGCAAUCAAGUACCUCACCACAGGAAAAAGUGGGGCAUACGGUAUAAACAAGGAUCUCCAUGCAGAAGAGCCACAUCAUGUGAACACAUGGAUGCUAAAUCCAUGGACCAAUGAAAAGCUAUUUUUCAUUCCCUGUCCAUCAUAUCAGGCUACUAUGUUAAAUUGUAUUUCAACUCAAUUUUUUUGGCAACGCAACUUAAAUUUGCAUUGUGCUCUUGCAUAAUAAUAAUAAUGUAUUUUCAGGCUUGAGUGUUUGUAACUUUUCACAUGGAGAGGAAUAAACCUUCAUCUCUUCAGCAUAAGAAGAACCAAAAACUAUUUUUAUUUUAAAUAUUGAGUUUGACUGGUAUUUUUAAUAGAAUCUAGAGGGAUCCUUAAAGUUGACAAACCUGAUGUCUAGGAUGUUAUUUUGUACAUGCAUACAUUAUACGUAUGCUGAUAUAAUGCCGUAUGCUGAUUCCCCUAAUGUUUUGUGGAAGCUAGUUCAAAGGAAGACCUACAGCUUCUUGUUAUUCCCAAAUACAUUUGAUGACGUUACUCAGAUCUCAAUUACUGUAAUAACAAACCUAUUUUCCUUUAAGUUGAAAAGUCUCAUAGCAGCACUACACUCCUCUCAUAGAGUAAAUUAAUGGUACCCAAAGAAAAGAUUUUGACCUCUACGAAGUUAACUUUGGAUGGCAAGUGUUGAAAGAUUUGUGGCAGAGGGAAAUGACAAGGGCUAAAAAUGGUAAAAUGAGACAGGUGCCACAGCUGUGUUAUCGUCACAUUUACAGAGACUGCUGGACAAGACUUAAUGUGAAACCAGCAAAAAUCAUGCAGGUUGGUGUUCCUCUUUUUUAAGUCAUGAAGUGGAGAAACUACAAUAGCUUGGCCAACAGCUGUAUACAUUAUGUAGUGUGCAUGUAGUUGCAGUUUUUUACGUUUUAAGAUGGAAUCCAUCAGAAAAUUGAGUAAUUUUAAUUUUCAGUGGACAAAAAUGUUGUACCAGAAUAAUUUUAAUUCUUUUUUACAUUUUUCAAAGGCUAUAGAUAUAAUUAGUUAUCUGUAAAUUAUAACACUAAGGAAUAUUUCUCAUGUGAGCCUGAGAAAACAAGUGUAAAAUUUCACAAGAAUUGUGAAAACACAGGUAAAAUUCUGAAAAUUUUUAUGUGUAAGAUGUCAUUUUGUAAAAGUUGAUUUUUAUUUUCUCGGGCUCCCAUAAGAAAUUUUCUUUGGUGUUAUUACCAAUAACGAAUUUCAUCUUUAGCCCUUGAAAAAUGUAAAAGAGAAUGCAAUAUGCUUUAAAUUAUUCUGGUACAAGGCUUUUGUCCACUGAAAAUUAUAAUUACUCUAUUUCCUGAUGAAUUCCGUCGUAAGGUCUACAUACAUCAAAGUAAGAUCCCUUUCUCAGCCAGUCUGUUAAAGUUAAAAAUUAUAGUUAAUGAGCAAAAUGAAAAAGUCAUUUAUUACAAGGCCCUGUCUAUUUAGUGAAUAUUUAUACAUUUAUUUUAUUUUAAUGUCAUUUUGAAGCAAAAUUAAGUCAUUGCGGAGCUUUCUGAAAACAUGGAGAAUAAUCCAGCGCAUGCCAAAAAAGUUGGCAAAGUCACUGAAUACCUGGAUGCUUGCCGUCACUUGUUUGAGAGAGGCAUACUGAGACACCAGAAGAUUACUAACGAAGAGAGCAGUGUUUUGCAAAAUAUGUCAGUUGGAUACGUCUUCUUUGUUGGCUGGGCUGACUAUGCCAUGGAAAAAGGUAUGCAC